AUGGGGAUCAUCAACUGGGUGCAGAAUCGUCUGAACACCAAGCAGGAGAAGAAACGAUCCGCCGCCGCCGCCGCCGCGGGCGCGAGCUCGGUUCGCAAUGCCCCGGUCCGGGAGAAUAGUUGCCGCGGCCAGGCCGACGACGAACUCCCCGGCGACUGGAGCAUGCUCUCCAUCGGAACCAUCGGAACCCUCGGCAACGAGCCCACGCCGGCGCCGGCGCCAGAUCAGGCGGUGCCGGACUUCACCAUCGAGGAGGUGAAGAAGCUGCAGGACGCGCUGAACAAGCUACUCAGGCGCGCCAAGUCUAAGUCCAGCUCCCGCGGCUCCACCGCCGGCGCCGGCGACGAGGAGCAGAACCUGCCGCUCGACAGGUUCCUCAACUGCCCCUCCAGCCUCGAGGUCGACCGGCGGCUCUCGCUCAGGCUGCAGGGCGCCGAUGGCGGGCAGAACGGGGAGUUCUCGCCGGACACGCAGAUCAUACUCAGCAAGGCCAGGGAGCUCCUCGUCAGCACCAACGGCAACGGCGGGGGCGUCAAGCAGAAGUCCUUCAAGUUCCUCCUCAAGAACAUGUUCGCCUGCCGGGGCGGCUUCCCGCCGCAGCCCAGCCUCAAGGAUCCAGUCGAAACAAAACUAGAGAAGUUGUUUAAGACGAUGCUUCAAAAGAAGAUGAGCGCCCCGCGCCAGAGCAACGCGGCAUCGUCGUCGAGGAAGUAUUACCUGGAGGACAAACCAAUGGGAAGGAUCCAAAUGGAUGGUCACCACGACGAGGAGGAGGAUGACUACGGAGAAGAUGUCUUCAAGUGGGACAAAACAGAUUCAGAUUUCAUUGUUCUAGAGGUGUAA